AUGGAGGUGAGCUUGGCAAAGGCUCUAUCUUUGGUGGCCAUCUUUGCAGGUAAGAAAAAGCUAAAUGUGAUUUUACACUGUAGUUACAUUGUAAUUGAUCAAGACUGUACAUUUGUAACAUGUGUCUGUGUUGUUUAUCUCAUUAUUUCCCAGUGCUCCUGCAGUUUUGUCCAGAGAGCCUCAGUUUGGAGCUCAGCCCCAGCGAGAAGGAGGUCACACUGAGCACCAACUCCUCCUUCACAGUGGUCUGUUCUGGUUGGAGCAAGGUGACCUGGAAGUCUGCCCAUGACCCCAGCCUGGAGGGAGUGUCUGUGGAGAACAGGGGAACCACCAGUGUGCUGGUCCUCCACAACGUCACCUGGAGACACUCUGGGAACUACGUCUGUGAGGAGUCCUCGACAGAGGAGACCAAGGACAUUUCAGUGUUUGUACCGGGUGAGACUAAACACCCUGUAUAAACCUUCUAUUGUUUUUUUGUGUGUUGUUUUUAAGGAUUGGGGCAGUUCCACUCCUCAUGUAUUUGUUAGUUUUUUAUUGGAUGGGACAGAGGUAGAGAGGAGAGAGUGUUCUGAAAUAGCAGUAUGUAUUAGAUGUGAUCCGGAGGCAGCGGCAUAGACAGCUAGACCAUCCUAGACCAUCCUAUCCCAUCCUAGACCAUCCUAGACCAUCCUAGACUAUCCUAGGCCAUCCUAUCCCAUCCUAGACCAUCCUAGCCCAUCCUAGACUAUCCUAGGCCAUCCUAGACCAUCCUAGACCAUCCUAGCCCAUCCUAGACUAUCCUAAGCCAUCCUAGCCCAUCCUAGACUAUCCUAGCCCAUCCUAGACCAUCCUAGACCAUCCUAUCCCAUCCUAGACCAUCCGAGACCAUCCUAGCCCAUCCUAGGCCAUCCUAGACCAUCCUAGACCAUCCUAGCCCAUCCUAGACUAUCCUAGGCCAUCCUAGCCCAUCCUAGACUAUCCUAGCCCAUCCUAGACCAUCCUAGACCAUCCCAUCCUAGACCAUCCUAGGCCAUUCUAUGCAACCCUAGACUAUCCUAGGCCAUCCUAGACCAUCCUUGGCCAUCCUAGACUAUCCUAGCCCAUCCUAGACCAUCCUAGACCAUCCUAGGCCAUCCUAGACCAUUCUAGGCCAUCAUAGGCCAUGAAUCAAUUACAGGAGGACGAUGGAAGGACAAACUGUGACAAUUCAAAGCUAAUACAAAUCAGUGCUGGUUUCACAAUUGACUUCCCUUCCAUAUGGUGGACAUACACUACCGCUCAAAAGUUUUAGGACACCUACUCAUUCAAGGGUUUUUCUUGAUUUUUCCUAUUUUUUACAUUGUAGAAUAAUAGUGAAGACAUCAAAACUAUGAAAUAACACAUAUGGAAUCAUGUGGUAAACAAAAAAAGUGUUAAACAUAUCAAAAUAUAUUUUAUAUUUGAGAUUCUUCAAAUAGCCACCCUUUGCCUUGAUGACAGCUUUGCACACUCUUGGCAUUCUCUCAACCAGCUUCACCUGGAAUGCAUUUCCAACAGUCUUGAAGGAGUUCCCACAUAUGCUGAGCACUUGUUGGCUGCUUUUCCUUCACUCUGCGGUCCGACUCAUCCCAAACCAUCUCAAUUUGGUUGAGGUCGGGGGAUUGUGGAGGCCAGGUAACAGUGUCACCAGCAAUGCACCCCCACACCAUAACCCCCCCUCCUCCAUGCUUUAAGGUGGGAAAUACACAUGCAUGGAUAAUCUGUUCACCCACACUGCAUCUCACAAAGACACGGCGGUUGGAACCAAAAAUCUCCAAGUUGGACUCCAGACCAAAGGACACAUUCCCACUGGUCUAAUAUCCAUUGCUCGUCUUUCUUGGCCCAAGCAAGUCUUUUCUUCUUAUCGGUGUCCUUUAGUAGUGGUUUCUUUGCAGUAAUUCGACCAUGAAGGCCUGAUUCACACAGUCUCCUCUGAACAGUUGAUGUUGCAUUUAUUUGAGCUGCAAUUUCUGAGGCUAGUAACUCUAAUGAACUUAUCCUCUGCAACAGAGGUAACUCUGGGUCUUCCUUUCCUGUGGCGGUCCUCAUGAGAGCCAGUUUCAUCAUAGCGCUUGAUGGUUUUUGCGACUGCACUUGAAGAAACUUUCAAAGUUCUUGACAUUUUCUGUAUUAACUGACCUUCAUGUCUUAAAGUAAUGAUGGACUGUCGUUUCUCUUUGCUUAUUUGAGCUGUUCUUGCCAUAAUAUGGACUUGGUCUUUUACCAAAUAGGGCUAUCUUCUGUAUAACCCCUCCUACCUUGUCACAACACAACUGAUUGGCUCAAACACAUUAAGAAGGAAAUAAAUUCCACAAAUUAACUUUUUUGGUUACUACAUGAUUCCAUAGGUGUUAUUUCAUAGUUUUAAUGUCUUCACUAUUAUUCUACAAUGUAGAAAAUAGUAAAAAAUAAAGAAAAACCCUUGAACGAGUAGGUGUGUCCAAACUUUUGACUGGUACUGUAUACCUGACCUCUGUCCUCCCCCUCAGACCCGGAGGAAUGGUUUGUUCCCCUGGGGCCAGGAGUAGUAAUGAAGGAGGGAGAGGAAGGUACCAUUCCCUGCGUGGUGUCUGACCCCGGCGUUAACGUGACCCUGUAUGAGCGGGCCAGCCAGGCCCCUGUGGAAGGAACAUAUCAUCCCAGUAAAGGGUUCACCGCCGUCCUGAAAGACAGCUCCUACAUCUGCCGAGGUGCCAUGAACGGAGAGGAGAAGGCAUCCCAGGUGUAUUAUGUCCACAGCACUAUGGGUAAGGCUCUGUGUCAAUAAUAAUAAUAAUAUGCCAUUUAGCAGACGCUUUUAUCCAAAGCGACUUACAGUCAUGUGUGCAUACAUUUUUAUGUAUGGGUGGUCCCGGGGAUCAAACCCACUACCCUGGCGUUACAAGCGCCAUGCUCUACCAAUUGAGCUACAGAGGACUAACCCUCAACACAACCCUCAAAGUGAAACUUUGACCAAAAGGAAGUGACUUAAUAGAUCUCUUAAAAUGGUCUUUAAAAAGCUAGCUGUAAAAUGCUUUUGAAGACCAGCCCGCAUGAAUGUUGGGCCUGUUAUGAUGUCCUCUGUCUUUCCGUUUUAUUCUAUCCAGUACCCAAGUCCAUGAACACCUUUAUGACUCUCUCAAAGACGGUGCUGAAACAAGGCGAGGCCUUGAUGGUUAAUUGUACUGUAGAAAAAGUAGCGAUAGUUUACUUCAGAUGGGAGUUUCCUCGUAAAGAGGUGAGUGAACUAUUGUGUGAAUGAUUAUAUGCAGGAGCGCAACUUUCACUGGGAACGGGGGGGAUAUGUCCCCCCCACAUUCUGAAAUUUCAUUUUUGUCCCCCCCAGUUUUAUCAUUGGAAUGUGAUACAAAACGAGGCAACGGUGUGCUUUAGGACCAUGAGGACGCCUCCGAGCGGUCGGGUAGGCUGUUUGGAGUGUUUAUCCGACUGGAUAAAAAAUAAAUAAUAAUAAUAUGUCCCCCCCACUUCUAAAACCAAAGUUGCGCCCCUGAUUAUAUGUGACACAUAUUACCAAGCAUAAUCAACUCCUUUUUGUUGAUAAUUAUGCUGUUGCUAAGCUGUUCUUACUUUUGUUAUAUUUUGUUUCCAUCUGAAGAUAAUUGAGCCAUUGACAGACUUUCUAUCUGGGAACCGGGAGCUCAGAAUCCGCUCCUUCUUGAACAUCUCCAGUGCUACUCUGGAGGACUCUGGCCAGUACAUCUGCCGGGUACAGGACACCAUGUCAGGACAGUCAGCCAUGGUUCAUCUCACUGGCACUGUUCUGGGUGAGCCCAUUGAGCCCUCAAAGCUUUUCCAAACUCACAACAUUAGCCUAGUAACACUUUUUAAUUCAUCAACUGAAAAAGCGGAAAUACUAUGCAUUGGGGGCUCAAUGGGCUUUGUGUACUUCUGUUUUGGAAAGUCACUAACUGAUUGAGGUUCUUGUCAUGUAUCUAUAAGGUAGUAAUCUUCUAUCCCAAUGCCAUGUUACAGAACGGGGCUUUGUGGACUUGGAACCUUCCGUCAGCACCAAUGUUUCAGCGAUGCAGUACGAGAGCAUUGAGCUCACAGUGCAGAUCGAAGCGUAUCCCAAACCUCAGGUGCUAUGGACCAGAGACAACACCACCCUCGCUGGGGACACGGUAUCCAUAGACACCAAACAGGUGCAUAAGACCAGGUACCCAUCAUACAUGUCAUGUACAUCCCAACGGAAUAAAAUAUUUGAUUAUGAUGACAAUCAAUGCAUAAGCCCCAUGAUAAAUACAUAGAAUUAGACACAUUUCUGUUGUUCGCUGUAACAUGGACAAUAAAGUUGUAUUGAUAUUGAUUGCGUUCUGUUCCUUUUGACCUUUGACCUCCAGUUACCUCAGUACUCUGACCUUGGUAAGGGUCAGGAUGGAACAGAUGGGUCUCUACACCGUCCAGGUGGCCAAUGAAGAUGACGUCAAAGAGAUAACCUUUAACCUGCAGGUCAAGGGUAAGAUACAUACACAGCUGAGAUAUUAUUAUCCGCUCUGGAGCAUUAGACGUGUCUACAUUACAGAUGGGAUCACAAUUCACUCAGCCAUUUUACUUUAUUGAGUUAUCACAUUGGAAUUUAAAGGAUGUUGAACAGUUUAUUUCUAGUGAUAAAACAAUGAUCUACCUAUGUUUCACUACUUACUUUUCACAGUCUCAUGGGAUAUUCCCUCUCCCUGCAGCUCCCUCGAAGAUAAUAGAUCUGUCUGACCAGCACAUGGACCAGGGCCACGGUGUGCUCUGUGUCACAGAGGGGGUCCCCACGCCCACCAUUCACUGGUACAGCUGUGAAGGCAUGGGAACGUAAUAAAUACAAACACAAUGAAGCAUAUUCAGCCUCUUCAGUUGUGUUGCGACUUUCUCCUCUCAAACUGUAGAGGGUAGUGCAGCACUAGGGUCACAGCCGUAAACAUUAGAGUCGUAAUUGUUAGACCUGUUGCUUAUUUUAGACACUCAAUAGUCUAUAGUGUUUUUUUCAGUCACCCAAUAUUUCACUUAGAUAGAAAGUCUCACAAACUGAACAAGCAUAUUUUCCAGGGUUGGGGUCAAUUACAUUUCAGUUCCAGUCGAUUCAAGAAGUAAACUGAAAUUCCAAUUCCAAUUCUCUUCAAUGCUUUUCAAUGAAGAAAAUGUGGAAGUGGAAUUUGAAUUUGGUCUGCUUUCUGAAUUGACUGGAAUUGAAAUGGAAUUGACCCCAACUCACCACCAAGAUAAUCCACAAUUAUGACCUCAUCACCCAGAUGCAGCAGUAAGACCACAGCAUGGAAGCCUCUUCUGGCUGAUCCAGACAACGUCAGCAUCCAGGUGAACGUGAGCUGCAUUGAGACCUCAGGAGUCUACCAGGUCCACAGCCUGUUGACCUUUCAGACCAUGGAGAGUGUUAUGUCAGUACGCUGUGAGGCCCGCAACGACAGAGGUCGCAGGGCCUGGGAUAUCAAACUCGUCUCCAACUGUAAGCACUGACUCAGCAUUAGUUAAAGUCAAUGACUAUGACACAAUGAAAAUAAGUAUUUUCAGUAACUAUCAACAACUGAUGUCAAAUAACUUUUGAUUAACUGAUGAAAAUACUCUUUGACUAACAGAGUGUAUAAUAUGUCAUUUAGCAGACGCUUUUAUCCAAAUACAUAUUUUACAUAUGGGUGGUCCCAGGAAUCAAACCCACUACCCUGGUGUUGCAAGAGCCAUGUUCUACCAACUGAGCUACAGAGGACCACCUGUUGUAUGAGCUCCUUCUCUCUCUCUGUGUGUGUCCGCAGCUCUGUUCUCCCAGGUGGCUGUGCUGGCUGCAGUGUUAGCCCUGGUGGUCAUUACCGUCAUCUUCCUCAUCAUCCUCAUCGCCCUCUGGAGAAAGGUGACGCACACACAGAAAUCCAUCUCCAUCUCCUAAUACUAAUACAUGGGCCUUAUCAUAUAUAGUGCUUUUCAAGGACCCAAAGUCACUUCCCAUCACAUUUGUCUUGAUAGUGACGCUACUGUUGAAAGAUGAGACUGUGACAUUAGGGAUGAUGACUGGAGUCUGGCCAGUAGGUCUAAAUGGUCUUCAUGUGGAACUGAACUGCCACCUAAGUCACAGCCUUGAUGACAUAACAAACAUUUGUGUGGGUAUAUGAUGGUCAUGUUAUUCUAUGUAUGCCGAAUCAAUUUGAUUCUAUGUAUUUAUGUGGAAUCCGCAGCACUCUUUAAUUGUCCAAGACACAUCUCCCGUCGGGGACAAUAAAGUAUAUCAUAUAUAUAUAUAUAUAUAUAUCAUUUAUAAAACUGUGACAGGCUUUUGUCUCUGCCUUCAGAAGCCCCGCUAUGAGAUUCGAUGGAAGGUGAUGGAGUCAGUGAGCUCAGACGGCCAUGAGUGCACCUACAUCGACCCUAUGCACCUGCCCUAUGACUGUGAGUGGGAGGUGCCCCGAGACAGCCUGGUCCUGGGUGAGGGAAUACUACAACUCAGGAAAUCUGUUUUAGCAUAAUUGUGUGAAUACUGUAGCCUAUAUACUGUAUAAAUCAUACUUUAUUGAUAGAUUUGGCAUUAGCUAAGCUAACAGUACACCUCAUUUUCUGUCACACUAGGUCACACUCUGGGAUCUGGAGCGUUCGGGAGGGUCAUGGAGGCCACAGUAUAUGGACUUGGUCACACCCAGUCCACCCCCAAAGUGGCUGUGAAGAUGCUCAAGUGUGAGUGCUUUAUGCUUUACCAACAUCUUCAAAACAUUUCCUCAAUUUUACACACAAACCACAGACCUAUGUCCUCUUUCUCUACCACUGAAUAAUAUUGCAACGCUGUGUGUUCUCCUAUUACCUUUGACUUACAGCCACAGCGAGAAGCAGUGAGACUCAGGCUCUGAUAUCUGAGCUGAAAAUAAUGAGUCACCUUGGGCCCCAUGUGAACAUCGUCAACCUACUGGGGGCCUGUACCAAACGAGGUGGGAACUGGGAAACAUACCACUACUUUAACGACUUAGGGUUAGAUUCAAUCGAAUUCUCUUUUUUUGUCUGUGCACCUUUUAAUGGCAAUGUUUUUGUGUUCGUGGAAACCGUAUUCAUGAUAAACGCUGCAUAUGUCGGCUCAAUUGGAAAUUACCUUUAAAUGUCAAUCGCGCUAUAACGCAGAUCUUCCGCGGUCCGGAUUGAAUCUAGGCCUUAACAUAUUACCAUAUGUCAGCCAAAGUGUGUGUGUUAACAACUGCCCCAUUUUUCUCUGUCCUGAAGGACCUAUUUACCUAAUAACUGAGUACUGUCGCUAUGGCAACUUGGCUGACUACCUCCACCACAACAAGCACACCUUCCUGCAGUCCUACGCAGAUAGAAACCACAGGGAUGCUGACAUGUGCAGCAACAGCACAGAGAGUGCAGUCCAAAUCCCCCCAAAAAGGCAAGACUGCUUCCCUCCAAAAUACACACUACUGACUUCACAAUCAAAGACAUACUGUCACUUACUGUUGCGUGACAUUUGUGCCCCUUUGUGUUUGGCAGAGAGAGCGAUGGGGGUUACAUGGACAUGACCAAGGAGGAUUCUUUAAAUGUUGUCCCCAUGCAAGAGCUGAGCGAUAACAUCAAGUAUGCAGACAUUGAGCCGUCAGUCUAUGAGACAACCUACCAUCAGGACAGCAACCAAGGACAAGGUAGCGAUGCCUGUUCAUAGCAACUAAAUAUCAAUUAUAAACAGAAGGCAUUGAUUCUGAAGGCAUUGAUUGCCAUUCUGUUUACAGAUGUUUUGAUGAAAGCUUGGUUGAUCUCUGCCUAUUAUGGUAAGCAGCCUACAAACAACACGUCUGAUAUAGUGAAAACAACACUAACCCUCAGCCUGCCGAAGUGGAAACAAACUAACCCUCAGCCUGUUAUAGUGGAAACAAUACUAACCCUCAGCCUGAUAUAGUGGAAACAAUACUAACCCUCAGCCUGAUAUAGUGGAAACAAUACUAACCCUCAGCCUGAUAUAGUGGAAACAAUACUAACCCUCAGCCUGCUGAAGUGGAAACAAUACUAACCCUCAGCCUGAUAUAGUGGAAACAAUACUAACCCUCAGCCUGUUAUAGUGGAAACAAUACUAACCCUCAGCCUGAUAUAGUGGAAACAAUACUAACCCUCAGCCUGUUAUAGUGGAAACAAUACUAACCCUCUGUCACGCCCUGGCUCUGGGGACUCUAAUAUGUUGAGCCAGGGUGUGUAUAGUCUAUGUGUGUUCUAGGUUUCACUUUCUGGGUUUUGUAGAUCUAUGUUGGCCAGGGUGGCUCCCAAUCAGAGAUGGCUGUAGCUCGUUGUCUCUGAUUGGGAGUCAUACUUAGGUAGCCGUUUGGCACUCUUUCUUUGUGGUUUCUUGUUCGUAUUUGGUUUGUGUAUUGCUAUUGACUGUCACGUCAUCGUUUUGUUGUUUUGAUCGUGUGAUCAUUAUCAUAAAUAAAUAUGUUCGCCUUCAACGCUGUGCCUUGGUCCUCCUCUAUGUAUGACGAUCGUGACAGAAGAAACCACCAAGAUGUGACCAAGCAGCGUGUCCAGGAGCCAUCGCCAGGGAGAUCUCUAGCAGAUCUCCUUCGCCUCCUCGACUGGGUCAAGCCGAGUGAGGAAGAGAAGGGCUUGACAUUGUGGCAGAAGGGCGAAAGGCUGGCGAGGGACAUGGAGACCUGGUCCACGGGUAGGAGAGACGGCCAGAAAUUUUUUAGGGGGGGGCUAACGCCGUGGACGACGGGCCAGCAGGAGACCGCGGCAGAGCGGCCCAGCGGAUUGGCAGAGGAGGCCGCCAGGUUACGGGGGCCACUGGUCGAAGAGGGGGUGGAAGGUGUAGAGGCACGGCGAGAGGUACUGGGGUGUGUUACCAGUCCGGUCCGGCCCAUUCCAGAUCCCGGCGUAGGACCAGUGGUGUGUGUCCCCAGUACGGUCCGGACUGUUCCUGCUCCCCGCACCAAGUCAGUGGUGCGCUUCGUCAGCCCGGCUCGGCCCGUUCCUGCUCCCCGCACCAAGUCAGUGGUGCGCUUCGUCAGCCCGGCUCGGCCCGUUCCUGCUCCCCGCACCAAGUCAGUGGUGCGCUUCGUCAGCCCGGCUCGGCCCGUUCCUGCUCCCCGCACCAAGUCAGUGGUGCGCUUCGUCAGCCCGGCUCGGCCCGUUCCUGCUCCCCGCACCAAGUCAGUGGUGCGCUUCGUCAGCCCGGCUCGGCCCGUUCCUGCUCCCCGCACCAAGUCAGUGGUGCGCUUCGUCAGCCCGGCUCGGCCCGUUCCUGCUCCCCGCACCAAGUCAGUGGUGCGCUUCGACAGCCCGGCUCGGCCCGCUCCUGCUCCCCACACCAAGCCAGUGGUGUGCGUCGUCAGUCCGGCACGGCCCGUGCCUGUUCCACUGGUGGCUGGUCCGGCACCAGUCAGAUGCUUUACGCCGGAGCUAGAGCAAUCCGCUCCACCAGUGUGCAGUCCAGCUCCGGCCAGCGGGGCCAGACCGGACCAGGGGUACUUUGGGGGGUUGGAGAGGGAGCGGGGAUCAGGCCCGGAGCCGGAUCCGCCGCCUAAGCGGAGUGCCCACCCGGUCCCUCCCCUGUGGUGUUUGGUGGGCGCGGUCGGAGUCCGCGCCUUUAGGGGGGGGUACUGUCACGCCCUGGCUCUGGGGACUCUAAUAUGUUGAGCCAGGGUGUGUAUAGUCUAUGUGUGUUCUAGGUUUCACUUUCUGGGUUUUGUAGAUCUAUGUUGGCCAGGGUGGCUCCCAAUCAGAGACGGCUGUAGCUCGUUGUCUCUGAUUGGGAGUCAUACUUAGGUAGCCGUUUGGCACUCUUUCUUUGUGGUUUCUUGUUCGUAUUUGGUUUGUGUAUUACUAUUGACUGUCACGUCAUCGUUUUGUUGUUUUGAUCGUGUGAUCAUUAUCAUAAAUAAAUAUGUUCGCCUUCAACGCUGCGCCUUGGUCCUCCUCUAUGUAUGACGAUCGUGACACCCUCAGCCUGAUAUAGUGGAAACAAUACUAACCCUCAGCCUGCUGAAGUGGAAACAAUACUAACCCUCAGCCUGAUAUAGUGGAAACAAUACUAACCCUCAGCCUGCUGAAGUGGAAACAAACUAACCCUCAGCCUGUUAUAGUGGAAACAAUACUAACCCUCAGCCUGUUAUAGUGGAAACAAUACUAACCCUCAGCCUGAUAUAGUGGAAACAAUACUAACCCUCAGCCUGCUGAAGUGGAAACAAUACUAACCCUCAGCCUGAUAUAGUGGAAACAAUACUAACCCUCAGCCUGAUAUAGUGGAAACAAUACUAACCCUCAGCCUGUUAUAGUGGAAACAAUACUAACCCUCAGCCUGUUAUAGUGGAAACAAUACUAACCCUCAGCCUGCUGAAGUGGAAACAACAUUAACCCUCAGCCUGUUAUAGUGGAAACAACAUUAACCCUCAGCCUGAUAUAGUGGAAACAACACUAACCCUCAGCCUGUUAUAGUGGAAACAAUACUAACCCUCAGCCUGUUAUAGUGGAAACAAUACUAACCCUCAGCCUGUUAUAGUGGAAACAACACUAACCCUCAGCCUGUUAUAGUGGAAACAAUACUAACCCUCAGCCUGUUAUAGUGGAAACAAUACUAACCCUCAGCCUGAUAUAGUUGAAACAACACUAACCCUCAGCCUGAUAUAGUGUGUUGGAGGCAUUUCAACAUCCCUGUCAAACAGAUGGCGGGUAGACCCUGUCUCUGAUGUUGAAAUGCUGCUGAAGAGACCAAAAUAGGGAAGCCUCUCUCUCCACCUUGAUUUUUGACAUGCAAGCAGCUUCCAUAAUAAGAUAUUGUUCAUGUUUCAACCUCAUUUGUAACCAGACAUUGCCUUUAAACAGUACUUUGAUCAAAACCAUCAGUUGUUAAUUUGUCUGCACAGUUUGUCUCAUAGUUUGUGACUAUUGUUCGUUCUCUGUUAUGUUGCUCAUGCCAAGAGAGAGCAGACGUGGCGACGUCUAUCAAUGACUCCCCUGUUCUGAGCUACACCGAUCUAGUGGGGUUCAGUUACCAGGUGGCUAAGGGCAUGGACUUCCUGUCAUCCAAGAACGUAUGACUCAUUACAGCUUGUCUAUAUCCGCUUUAACAGAUUCAACUAACAUAUGGAAUAGUUUCACAAUCCAUUCUUAUUCAUACAGUAUCACGUAAUAACAUUUCAUGCCAUGUCACAUCAAACAUUCAUUAAUUACUGAUGCCACGUGGAAAUUAUCUUAGUGAACCCACAUGACACUUCAAUAACAGCUUGUCUGAACUGUUGUCCCUGUCCUCACAGUGUGUUCACCAUGACCUGGCUGCCAGAAACGUUCUCAUCUGUGAGGGAAAGCUGGUUAAGAUCUGUGACUUUGGCCUGGCCCGUGACCUCAUGAAUGACUCCAACUACAUAGACAAAGGCAGUGUGAGUAUGUUUAAGGUAUUUGACUUUAUUGAACAGAGAUAGAGAGGGUGAGCGUGAGGAAACAUGUCCCCCCCCCCCCACAUUCUGAAAUUCUAUUUUUGUUCCCCCAGUUUUAUCAUUGGAAUGUGGUACAAAACGAGGCAACGGUGUGCUUUAGGACCAUGCGUACGCCUCCGAGCGGUCGGGUAGGCUGUUUGGAGUGUUUAUCCGGCUGGAUAAAAAAUAUAUGAUUAUGUCAUCCCACUUCUAAAACCAAAGUUGCGCCCCUGGUGUGUACUAAGUAAUGGAGGGGAAGAAACCAUCAAACAGCCAUUAUGUUCUGAGGUGAAAGUGAUUGAAACUGAAAGGCUGUUUUUAUAAGGAACUUCCAGGCGUGGGUUAAUGUGACGCACUUUGUGCAAACUGGUUUAAGCUUUUUUUUAUUUUUUAUAUCUUUACAGAUCUGCUGUCUUGCUGGUUAAUUCUGUACAUCCUGAGUAUAAAAUAUGUUUUAGGUAAAAAAGCUGGCAUAUAAUAUGUUCUGAGGGUUUUUAAAUGCUAAAACUUCCCACUGGAUUGAAGUUGUUGUUGCCAGAAAUGUAGUUCAGUUAUGGGAUAUCUGGGCUGUGAACUCAGGUUAUUUUCUUGGCUGGUUUUUUUUUUUUUGGUGGUAGAUCAGGAGAGGAUGUGAAACAGCUUUCCCAGAGUCAUUAUGGUAUAGACGGUACAGGACUUUGGUCAGACUACCAAAACAAUGUCAAGUAUUGUCGCUGUACCACAAACAGAAUGCCAUUUGCCACAAGUACACCUGUAAUUCUAUAUUGCACCUGUCUUAACCUAAAAUGGGUUACCUAAUGUCCUCUGUAGCUCAAUGGUUACCUAACAGUACGCAUGACUGAAUGUCGCUUUGGAUAAAAGCGUCGCUUUGGAUAAAAGCGUCUGCUAAAUGGCAUAUAUUCAUGUUUGUCUCUGAUAUUGUAGACAUUCCUGCCACUGAAGUGGAUGGCUCCAGAGAGUGUCUUCCAGAACAUCUACACAACCUUGAGCGAUGUUUGGUCUUUUGGCAUUCUGCUUUGGGAGAUCUUUACUCUGGGUAAAUAUAAUAUUCUCUGCAUAUUAUGGACGUAUUUUGAUUGUUUCUUUAUUGCAACUAGAGGUCAUUUAUGAAUGCAUGUCUUGAUAUUAGGUAUGUGCUCUGUUUUUGGCUUGAUAUUAGGUAUGUGCUCUGUUUUUGCCUUGAUAUUAGGUAUGUGUCUUGGUUUUUGCCUUGAUAUUAGGUAUGUGCUCUGUUUUUGCCUUGAUAUUAGGUAUGUGCUCUGUUUUUGCCUUGAUAUUAGGUAUGUGCUCUGUCUUUGCCUUGAUAUUAGGUAUGUGCUCUGUCUUUGCCUUGAUAUUAGGUAUGUGCUCUGUUUUUGCCUUGAUAUUAGGUAUGUGCUCUGUUUUUGCCUUGAUAUUAGGUAUGUGCUCUGUUUUUGCCUAACUUCAGGAGGAACACCCUAUCCUGAUAUUCCCAUGAAUCAACAGUUUUACACAGGCUAUAGGAUGGCCAAACCCGCUCAUGCUACAGACGAGAUGUGAGGCCUCGUCCGUCUCUCUUUGUCUGUAGGAAUGAUUGUGGUUGUAAGUAAAACAUAGGACGAGGUGACAUUAACUCUGAGUUUGAUUUUGUUUCUUUCAGCUAUGAUGUCAUGUGCAAGUGUUGGGAUGAGAAAUUGGAGAAGAGGCCACAGUUCUCCUCUCUGGUUCAUUCGAUGGGAAACCUGCUGUCUAAGGCUUAUAGAAAGGUACCGACAUCCGUGAUAGAUAAUCCUCAACACUACGGCGAUUUAAUAUGUUGAUUUCUCAUGUAUAUCUACAAUUAAUAGAUACAUAUCAUUUCCAAACCGUCCCAGAAAUACACCCAGGUGAAUGAGAGCUUUCUGAAGAGCGACCACCCAGCUAUAGUCAAGACCAAACCUAGACCAGCAGGGAACAUGGCUGUGUCUCCAGAGGACGUCUCCUUGGUCUCCCCGGGGGAUCUAGCAGGGCAGGAGACAGGGGAGACCUGGGAGGAGGCUGGCCCCUCCCAGACUGAAUACAUCAUCGACGUCCCAGAUAUCCAUGUAGCCAUAGAGGCAGAAGCAGGAAGUGGUGAGGUGCUGGACACCGCCACACAGAGUACAUCAAGGUAUCACAGGACAUUCUCUCCACAGAGUGUGUGUCUAUUCUGUGAACCCGGUGGCUGCCAGUUUGCCACAGGAAGUGUGACUGCAUGAGUCAGGGGCAGCAUUUGAGGAUUGCCCAAUUCUGCACUGCCUCAUGUCAUGUCAGCUUUCCUUCAAAGCUUUUUGGACGUUGGGUUUUUGUUUUUCUUGCUUAUUGUUAUCAAUAAUUGGCCAGCCACACUCAGGCUUAUGAUAACACCGUUCUAUUGAUUUUCAUCUGACAGUAAUAAAGCCGCAAUAAAGUAAAACCACUGUUUUUUUUCUGCUACCUUCCAUUGUUAGCCCUCCUACCACGACUGACCAGAAUGAUACUGAUACAGCCUCCCUAGAGCCAGAAACCUCCCUAGAAGAGCCAGUAGCCAGCACAGAGGAAGAGGUAUCUGCCCCAACACAAGAAGACGAGCUCCCCCAGUCUCCAUGCACCCCUGAAGUGGAGGAGAGUUUCCUGUAGCCUCAUUAGGGAGCUGAUGUUAAAGGUGUCUACUGUACAGGACAAUGUAUAUUAGUUAAACACUCUAAACACAUUAUCUUACUAUUUUUCUCAUUAUUAUUUUUGUAUAUUGGUGAUAUAUAUCUUUGAGGUACUCUUUCCCUUUUAAUUUUAUGAUUUACAAAAAACAGCGUCAGCAGUUUGACGAAUGCCAAUGGAUAUGGUCAUAUUAUAUACAAUUUGUAUCUAAUUGAAGUUGCCAAACUGUAAAGAUAAGUAUAUUUGAAGAGAGAAUACAUAAUUUAUUUAGAAUGUACAGAUGUAGGAUCUUAAUUUGAUCACCCUGUUGCAGGAGAACUUGUAGUGUAUUUGAGGUUUAAAAGGGCUUCUGACAUUUUUUAUUUCCACUUCGAAAUUUCAGACUUGAUUUUCCCAUACAAAAAAUGUAUCAACCCUUACAAAAAUGUCCAUUAAUUAUAGUCCACAUAAUAAUUCACAUUUCCUGUUGCUGCAGGAUUAUUUUCCUGCUGUAGCAAACAGGCUCAAAUUAAGAUCCUACGUCUGUAAGUUUGCAGUAUUGCGCCUCUUAUAUUUGCAUUUCUCAUUCUCAUCAAAUGCCUUAUCAAUUUAAGACUAAAUUAUGUUUUGUAUAAUUGAUGAAAAACAUUAAGCACUACAUUUUUAUUUAACCUUUAUGUUGACAGGGAGUCGAUGCUGAGACCAAGGUCUAUUUUCCAGAUGAGCCCUGUUUAGCACAACAAUACACAUUAAAAUACAAAAUGCACAUUCAUAUACACAUUUAAAUAGACGUUAUUAUACACAACACACAUUAAGCAAACACAAUCAUAAACAGACAUUCUUGAAAGGCCCUAGAGGCACCAAUUCUUCAAAUGUUAAAGUGUAUUGUAGAUCAAUCCACACGUAAGGUGUAACAAAACUAAAGGCAGGUCUACCCUAUCUAAGGGUACUCAUGCUAUUUGUUGGUCAGGGUUGUUCCAUCAGGUUUCAGUAGCAUAUUAAAGGCACUGAUUGUAAAUGUCAGAAUUCAUUUGUGAUGUUACAUGUUUCAUAAAUAGUACAGCGUAUCUUUGUUGUGCCUAAUCUUUUUGCCUGGCUAGAGCAUUGUCUUGUACAGAAAGCUGUUGAACUUCCAGCUCUAUACUGAAAGGCCUAUGGCAAGUGUCCUUGAGUGUGUCAGCUCAGACACAUUGAAAGGGCAUUUGAUACUUCACAUGCAAUUUCUUGAGAUGUACUAAAUGACAUAGUUUUCAUUAUGUUUUAAUGGUUUUUCAUGUCUUUUAAUUAGCGGCAUUUGCUUAUUUAUAUUUAAAAUAUAUGUAAUAAAGAUGUUUACUCUUGUUUCCACUCAUGUCUGAUUUAACUGACCAUGUGUUAAAACAUUGUCUAAACGUUGUUAUACUACUAAAAGACAAUGAUUCAUCCAUCAAAAUAAUUCAGAACACCCAAACUACUUUAACAUGUACUGGCUGUAAGCACUGUGGGAGGUGAGUUUGGGGAAGUUGUGACGGCAUGAGGAUAUCAGGACUUACAAGCCACCCCAGUCAACUAGUUCCUUAACAACCCUUGAGUAGAGCGGACAGACUACACAGAGACAGACAGAUAGACAGACAGAGACAGUGAGAGGGACAGAAUAUGCUCUUCCUGGCCCUUUUCCUGGGCAUUAUGCUCUGCACAGCCCAAGGUAAGCACAUUAAUCAAUGCUACCCUAGUGAUAUUGUAGGAAGUAGUUUAAAAUCAGCUCCUUUGUUCUCUGAAUAUUGUUCAGAGGAUAUGUUGUGAUUUUUUAACCAACGAGACAUUUAAAUCUCAUGGUGCUGUCAAUAUUCACUAAAAUGUAUCAUAUGUUCAUGUGUUGUUUUGAUAAAAAAUUACCAUAGUUUUAUUGUAUUUUGCAUAGAUAAAAUGGGCAUUAUAACAGUCAAAUAUGUUUGUUUUAAAUAUUUAACACUAUAGAUACAUGCAAUUUAAUCUUAAUUACAUUUUAAACAUAAAAAUGUAACCAUGGAUGUAACAGAAUUUGGACUCAAAUGGAUAAAAUGUCAGUGACUUUGAGGUAUUCUCCUUUAGCCAAGACUGUUACAGUGAGAGCAGGUGUUUAGCUUUGUGGGUUCUGACAUCGGAGAGCAGGGGGGACAGGGGGAUCACGGUGGGGGACACACAGAGCUAACAGAACCUGUCCAGCUCCUGGUGGGUCCCCCCACUCCGCCACCUCCCCAGAAAAAGCAGAAGUGAGAGUGGGAAUGGGAAACAGGCCCCCCGAGACCUGGAUCCGUCCAGCAAGUCCCCAGCACAAUGUGUUUCCUGGAGCUAGACGCUAUCGGGGGUUUCGUUUAAAACGUUUCCACACACAAAAAUACACUUAAACCAGCUCAGGAACACUCUCAUUUCCCCUUUCUCCCUGAAAAAAACCACUCAAAUAUGAAAUAGUCAGAAAUGCGUUUAUUGCAAAAUAAUUCUCGCUGGUGACGUUGAUGUAUACCAAGAAAUUACAUUUUCCUUGAAUCUUACCCCUUUUCUAUGGAUGAUCUCUAAGGCAUUACCAUUGAAAUAACUCAUAAUUCACCAUAUGAUAAAAUUCUGUCAGGUCAGUAACAGCAAAUGACAUAACUUUGGUACUGAAGUGUUGGUAUCAUGCCUGACAAAGGAGAAAUUCAAGAUGAUGAGCUUCACUGAUUCAAAGUAAGUGGAUUGUUUGAUGUCCAUUUAUUUUAUUUUAUACAAUACAAGUGAAAUACUGUGUUGUACAGUCAAAUAAAAUGUAUUUUUUCUUGCAGGUUUGUUGGCGUGUUAAAAUGGGAAGUCUUCACUCAACAUUCAACAAUGAGACAAUGUGUUUUCACCCUCUUUCAGGUGACAAAGAACCCCCUGCCAGUGAACCAGUUGGCAUGACCAUGGGGGCCCUUAAACCAGUCUUCCUCCCAGCCAACCCAGAGUCCAGUCAGACUCCUCCAGACCCGGUGGUGGCCCCUACGUCUCUCUGCUGUGGAGUGGACGAGCUGAAACAGUUACUCUCCCAACUGACCCAGGACCAGCGAGAAGCUGCUAGCUGGAGAGUAGAGGUGGUCAAGGUGCUGUCUCAGCUGGUCCAGGAGCACCGAGAGGUGUCCAGCGGCCAGAGGGAGGUCGUCAAGCUGCUGACGGCCAUGAAGGACCAGGGAGCUCAGCACCUGAAUGACCUGCAGAACCUGGGCAGACACCAGAGUCUCCUGGUGGAGAACCACCAGGCCCUGCUGCUACAGGUGUCUCGCAUCUCCACCCACCUCCAGGAACUGGCCAAGAAACCCAACGCUGACAGCCAAUGAGACGCUCAGAUCUUAACCUGCAUGAGACAGGCUGUCCAAUCAGGAUGAAUAAUCUUCAUAACAAACUAAGCAGCAGUUCAAUCCAGUUUCAGAUUGUGGGCAAUAACCUGCUACUAAACCAAGCUUGGUCAAUAAGGCAUACAAUAGAGAAUGCACUGAUAAAGUCAAUUUGCUUGUAUGGAUUUAACAAUGAACUGAUGAACCAAUCACAGUCUGAUAUCCCAAUACUAAAUCACAUGAUCUGAUUUGUUUAUUUUUGACUGUUUUAGAUUAGAACAUCCAUGAUUGAUUACCAAUGUAUAGCAUCACUGUCUGAAUCGCCUAAAAACCAAAUAAACAGAUUCAAAAUAACAUUUAUUUUACAAGUCUUCUUUGUGGAGCUCCACAAUUUCCUGGUUGCUAAAAUUCUAAUAGUUAGCCUAAUUUCAGUUAAUGUGAUAAAACAAGCAAUGUAGAGAAUCAUGGCAGAAUCCAAACCGCUGUGAAAUAACAUUUCAAUAACCCAAAAUAUUGUAAUUUCAGCUGUUUGAAGCUGGUGUACAAACGAGAAAGUAAAAGACGCAAAAACUAAACUUAAGAACAGGAAGCAUAGAAAUAGCGCACAUAGAACAGAUCUACCGCUUCUUAGGCCUGCUUUCAAUGAGAACGACAGAUCUAUAACUCAUAUUUCUAUGUGAAUUUGGUCGGGUCGCCCAAAACGUUACAUAUUGCAGCUUUAAAUUGUUCUUCCUCUUCCAUCCAAGGUAGAUCAUGUUCUAUCUAUCUGUCCAGCUCUACAUUUACUACUGAUGACUCAAUUCUGUCUGACUAUUACUCCACCCUCCUUAUGCAAGGAUGAAUCAGUGAUAUAUGUUUUCAGUUGAGGUCUUUAAAAUGUUCAAAACAUUUUUGACCACCACCCUGAAAAACAACAAUUUGUACAACAAACUGUCCGUAACGCAUUCAAUCACCCUACAAAUGUGUCAAAGUGAGAGAUCUCUGAACAAAUGUUCACAUAUUUUUUUUUUUUAUUGAUUGAAGUUGAAGAUCAAAUAUAUAAACUGAAUAAAUACAAAUCAGUGGGGCCAUCCACUUGAACAUGUUCAUCCCUGAGAAGAUAGGUUUUAGAGUUACAAAUGUGAUAAUUCAUUGAAAUAUAUUAUUACCAUAAUCUAUGUCUAUAUUCCAUGAAAUGUGAGGGACAUGUGAGGGACAUGUGAGGGGACAUGUGAGGGGACAUGUGAGGGGCUUGUGAGGGACAUGUGAGGGACAUCUGAGGGGACAUGUGAGUGGCCAUGUGAGGGUAAGUGAGGGACAUGUGAUGGACAUGUGAGGGACAUGUGAGGGACUAAUCAUCCUGAUUGAUUAUUCCUGGUUCUGUCUUUGGUUUGUUGACAGAGCGAAGUCCUCCAGUGAUCAAGCUGAACUCUGUGGUGCUGAGGGAGGCUGAGAGGAUUGUGCCUGUUGGAACGCCGUUCACCUUGACCUGUGAGGGGGACAGCACAGUCACCUGGUCUACCACAGCGUUCAAAAAGAGGAACACUAGACUGGGGAGUGUGAUUACCACCGGCACCAUACCCCUUACAGCGGACUACACUGGCACAUACAAGUGUGCGUUUGACAACCAACCAGACCUGUUCUCAGAGGUCCACAUCUAUGUGAAAGGUAAGUGUUUUCAUAAAAUGGGUCAGUAUCUUUUAUGGAUGUUGAGCGUGGGAAAUGUGCUCUAAACAUUUUAGAUGAUCAUUGUUAUUAUAAUCUGUCCAGCUGCCACAGCCACACACAAUAUUUUACGUUUAUCAGCAAAUAUGUCACAAGUUAAGUCAACAUUUCCUCACCACAUAAUGUCAUAUUUAUUGCUCAACCUGUUAUGUUCCUUAUAGAUCCAAAUAACGUCCUGGUAACCCCCCGCGUCCUGAGAGAUGUGAAGGAAGGCAGGGACCUUCUCCUCUGUCAGCUGACAGACCCCAGUGCCACAGACCUGUCCCUCCGUAUGGCUAACGGAGACCCAACACCCCCCGACAUGAACUACACUGUCAAUCCCAGGAGAGGUAUCCUGAUAAGACACCUUCUGACCAGCCACAGUGAAAACUACGUCUGCAGCGCAAAGAUCAAUGGGGUCACAAGAUCCUCCAAAGAUAUCCCCAUCAUUGUCAUUAAAAGUAAGAUGAAGUAGAUGUCUGUGCAUUUUGUAUUUGUUGGACAUUGAAGUUAUUAGUCCCAAAGGCACGGCAACAUUUGGAAAAAGUCAAGGGGUGUGAAUACUUCUGAAGGCACUGUAUUUCAUUUUUGUAACAUCAUCAGACAUAAUUUGUUAGUCGCUCUGGAUAAGAGCGUCUGCUAAAUGACUGAAAUGUCUGUGUGCAUAGGUAGACAGGCCUGUUUUCUUUCCUAGUUCCUUUUACAAUGCCUGACCAGAGGGGGGAGAAGUUGAACAGCAGUAGAUUCAGCACAGUUGUAGCUGUGUGGGCUAAUAUAGUCAAAAUGUUUGCCUUGGGGUAAGUUGAGCCAAUGGGGUAUGUUGAGCCAAUGGCCAUGGGGUAUGUUGAGCCAAUGGUUGAGCUAAUGGCAGUUUGAGCAAAAAUAAGUGUUUUUCCCUCCAGGCGUAAUGCAAGGCAUUAUCGCUGGGAUAUAAGUCUUAUGUUAAAAGGAUUAAAAGGGUUAAAAGGGUUGUUUUUUAAAGUACUAAGUGUAUGAUAGGUGUUAAGCCUGUGUCAAAAGAUGCUUAAAACGAUUGUGAUUGUAAUGAAUUAUGUUUGGGAAAUAAAGAUAGACAUGGCUUUAAAACGUUUUAUAAAAUGGAAACUCAUAUGGUAAUGUUGAUGCAGCACUGACUACACCAAAGUAUAGCAACUGUAGGCCUAUACUAAAGUUGGCAUUGCCACUUGGGUUGUAUUCACUAGGGCUUCAUUUUCCGUUGCAAAACCUUUUGAUACUUUGAUACUAAUGAAUAUCACCCUGGCCCUGCAGAGUUACAGUGGUAUGCACGGGUUUGCUCCAGCCAACACAGCACCAAAAUACCUGAUAGAGCUAAUCAACUCAAGGUCUCGAUAAACUGAAUGAAGUAGUUUUGUGUUGGGCUGGAGCUAAACCAUCCACGUCCAGUAGCUCUCCAACAAUCACCAGGGUCGCUGACCAUUGCAUUACUAUUGUUUUUUGUUGUUUGUUUUUUUUAACCGUUUUAUAAGGGUUAAUGUAGUAUACAUGUAUCAGUUUACCCACCUUUUUAUUUUUGUGAAUAGGGUUUAUUUUGUGAAUAAGUGUUUUUUUGCAUUAGGGUACCCACAUGUUUUACCACUACAUCUUGUCUGACCUAAAUGACAAAGGUAGUAUGAGAAAUGUAUGCACUCACUAACUGUAAGUCGCUCUGGAUAAGAGCGUCUGCUAAACGACUACAAUGUAAAUGUAAAGCAUCUAAACACAUCUACUUCUCUGUGUCUGUUCCAGGUUUGAGUUGGCCACCGUCUGUGUUAAUUGAGGUAGAUGGGUAUGUUAGUAUUGUUGGAGAGCAGCUCCUCAUACCCUGCAUCACCAGUAACCCUAACCACUUCUUCAACGUCACCUGGAAACAUUCCUCUCUCAAAGUAUGUUACACAGUAACCUGUCCUCAAUUUCUGUCGUUAAAUCAUAGAUGUCUCCUCUGUUAGCUUGUAUGAUACAGUAUAUGUCUGAAGAUCUUUUUUAUGAUUUUUUUUUAUACAGGCAUUGAAAGUCUCACAAGAUGUGGACCAGGACAAGCAGGUCCACAUCACCAGUACAGUGACUAUCCCGGCUGUGACCAUGUCUGACACAGGAAACUUCACCUGUACAGCCAUAAAUGAGGCUGGGGCCAACAGCUCCACCACCUACCUGCAGGUCGUAGGUAUGCAUUAGGGAAAGGGAGUGUUGAUCUAGCAUCUAAUAUGUUUCGCUAACAUCUAAUAUGUUUCGCUAACAUCUAAUAUGUUUCGAUAACAUCUAAUAUGUUUUGCAAACAUCUAAUAUGUUUAGUUAACAUCAUCUAACAUGUUUCGCUAACAUCUAAUAUGUUUUGCUAACAUCUAAUAUGUUUCGUUAACAUCUAAUAUGUUCAGCUAACAUCUAACAUAUUUCGUUAACAUCUAAUAUGUUUCGCUACAUGGGAACAUGUAAGCCCGCGAGAUCAGGAUGGUAGUACGAGGCUAGUGUUGAUCUUCACAAACACCAAACACGGAAACCUGUUUUAAAAGUGAAACUCAGCUCAGCAUCCUCAAAGGAAAUUGUGGUGUGAAACUUUAAAAUGUUAAGUUUUGUUGAAGUUCGUGGUCAAAAUAAUGUUCUCUAAUGUUAUCUCUAAUGUUAUCUCUCCGUUUGUCCUUCUCCCUCAUCAGAUGAGCCUUACAUUAGGCUCAUACCCCGCCUGUCACCAAAUCUCUACCAAAAUGGCUCCUUAGUUGAAGUGAAAGAAGGGGAGAACCUUGAGAUAAGCAUUCUGAUCGAGGCCUAUCCCCAAAUCAAGAAGCAGUGGUGGGACGUGCCCAUGUCUCACAGUCACAACAUCUCCACUCAUGACGUCACAUGGGCCGUCCGAGGCAAUAACAGGUAAUUAUUUUCCCAAUAAUUACUCUACAUGAUUUGUCUGCUUCUGAAUGUGUGUUUCACAUCAUUUAUAAAAGAUGCUGAAUAAAUACAGAAGCCUGUGCUGUUAUUUGAUCCUGUCCUGUCACCCUGUAGGUACGAAAGCAGCCUACUGCUACAGAGAGUGAGGUCUGAGGAGAGAGGCCAGUACACCCUCCACACCAGGAGCACACGCCUCGACAGCUCCAUCACCUUCAAUAUCCAAGUCUACCGUAAGUCAAAUCAAAUCAAAUCAGAUGUUGUUGCAGGUGUAGCGAAAUGCUUGUGCGGUCACACCAACAUUCAAACUAGCAAGAAAAUAUGGAGCAAAACUGUGCCGUGUCCUGAGAGUGACAUGAUGAUGACUUACACAGUGUGAUGCUGUCUGUCCUCUCUGACUGAGUAGAGAAACCCAGUGCCAUGCUCAGACUGAAGAAUUCCACCACCCUGAUCUGCACCUCCUCUGGAUACCCAGCUCCCACAAUCCUCUGGUACCAGUGCCCAGGAAUACAAAACACGUAAGUGUAAAAACUGCUGAAGUAAAAAGGGCUUUAUAAACUCAAUUUGAUUGAUUGUAGGUUCUCUAACUGGAUAACAAUAAGACAAAAGCUUUCCACAGUACACGAUGCAGAGAGAGCUGUUUCACUCUUAAAUGAAACAGGCCUACUGUCUGUGCUCUUCCUGAUGUUUCUCUGUUGUCAGGUGUGAUGGGGACAAUGACACCGGUGGAGGUGCAGCGUCUCUUCACCAGCACCAUGGAGGUGCAGAGUGAGCUGAACCUCAGUCUCUCAACUGAGGACGUCACAGUGGAGUGUGUGACCUUUAACUUGGUUGGUGAAGAGCGGGACGUCUUCGUAUCGCGUAAGACGACGAUUACAGACAUACAGUACACUACACAAACAAAAGUUUGGCGAGAUUCUCACAUGGCGCCGGUCGUGUCUUAUUAUGACUAGUACUGAAACAGCCACAGGUUAUUUCUCAUGUCCCUGUGCAGUACUGAAUAAUGUCAUGAGCUGACUUCAAGGGCAUCUAUGUUUUAGAUGUUCCUGCUUCAAUCCCACCUGUAAUAUCCGAGCUGUUCACCCUCACUCUCAUUGGAGCCACCAGCACAGCAGCUUUUCUGUUCCUUCUGCUUGUCAUCGUUCUGUACAAAUACAAGCAGGUGAGCUGCAUUUACUGGCUCGUUCAUUGGCUGUCACUGCCCAAAUACGUUUGCAGUUAGACCAUUACACAACACAUGUUUUCUCUCAUAGAAACCCAAAUAUGAAGUCCGGUGGAAGAUCAUUGAGGACAAUGAUGGGAAUAACUACACCUUCAUUGAUCCUACUCAACUUCCCUAUAACAAGAAGUGGGAGUUCCCUCGUGAUAAGCUGAGGCUUGGUAUGUUUUAUUGCAGUUUUGGGGGUUAAAAUAGAGACCAGUACACGAAACAGUAAUGACUGACUGAAUACUCUGGGUUCCAGGCCAGAUUCUGGGAGCAGGGGCUUUUGGGAAAGUGGUGGAGGCCACUGCCUAUGGUCUGGGGACCGAUGACAACAUGACCACCCGUGUGGCAGUAAAGAUGCUCAAGCGUGAGUUAGCCUCCUCAUACUGUUUGUAAAAUCUUUAACCCUGCAGCAUUGCUUUUAAUUUACAGAAGGAAGUCAAAAUGAUUGUAAAAUACAUAACUGUUAUUGGAUACAUGCUGGCAAUUAGUUCCCAUCAUAGAAGAAGCAGUAUCUCAGUACAUGCAAUAAUGAAAGAGUUACUUCUCCUCAGCAAGCGCCCACUCAGAGGAGAGAGAGGCUCUGAUGUCAGAACUGAAGAUCCUCAGUCACCUGGGAUGUCAUGACAACAUUGUUAACCUGUUGGGGGCAUGUACUCAAGGAGGUGUGACAAACUAUUUUCUGUACUUGCAUUUCCAUAGAAGAAGGUAAACAUGACUUGUUGGUGAGUAUCAUUGGUUAACCAAAUCGGUCAUCUCAUUGUUGUGUUCGACCACAGGCCCAAUGCUGAUGAUCACGGAGUACUGUAGCCAUGGCGACCUGCUGAACUUCCUGCGUGGCAAGGCCAAGCUGUUCCUGGACUCCAUCCUGAGCGUACAAGGGGUUCCAGAGGUUCCAGGGGAUAGUUAUCAGUACAAGAACACAUGUACCCAGGAGUCUCGUGUCAGGAGGUGGGCUGAACUGAUCACUAGCAUGCCUCUCUACUCUCAACUCACUCUCCUUUCUCCAGUCUCCCAGCAGAGACAUGGUUUCUGGGUUAGUGAAAGUGCACCAAAACGAGAAAUGAGAAAAUAGAUGUGAGACAAAGUUUCAGUCUCCACACAUGUUUUAUGUACUGUCAACCAGGUGACAAAGCUGUGUAUUCUAUUAGCCAGUAACCUCCUCCCACUGCCCUCAUUCUAUGCAUUGCUCUCUGUGGUGCCGUAUCACAAUCCACAUUCUAUACUAACAAGGCAUUAACGCCUCGUGACGCACGUCAUGGUCUCUACGUUAUCACUGACCAUACAUUUUAAUUCCUACACAGAAUACACUGAGUGUACAAAACAUUAGGAACACCUUCCUAAUAUUCAGUUGUCUCAAGGCUUAAAUAUCCUUCCUUAGCCUGUCUCCUCCCCUUCAUCUACACUGAUUUAAGUAUAUUUAACAAGUGACAUCAAUAAGGGAUCAUAGUUUUCACCUGGAUUCACCUGGUCAGUCUAUGUCAUGGAAAGAGUUCUUAAUGUUUUGUCCAUUCAGUGUACCUGUACAGUGUAGACCGUAGUGUAACCUCUAAGUCCUCUAUGUGUCUGCAGUGACAGUGGGAUCUCCUGCUCCAGCUCAGACAACUACCAGGACAUGCGUCCAGCGCAGAGGCCCAAACACUGCCCUCUUGGUAAUCAACAUCCAUCUACACACCACAGUAACACAGAGCGGGUUGUUAUACACUCUUCCUCCAUCUUUCUCUCUGCUAGGUUGUGGAGUGGAAGGGUGGUAAUAUACACUGUUAAGUCUCAUAUAGUCUCUCUCUUCCUCUCUCUCUCCCUGAUAGGUUCUUUAUGUGAGGAUCCAGAGACAGGCACCUGGUCGCUGGACAUAGAAGACUUGUUAAGGUUCUCCUAUCAGGUGGCUCAGGGAAUGGACUUCCUUGCAUCCAAAAACGUAAUAGAAAAAUGCAAUUGUAAUUUAAGUCAACUCAUGUAGUGUAACAUGCAGAUUGACACAUGACUAUAUUUUACAUUUACAUUUUAGUCAUUUAUAUGAGUGAAACCCAUGUUGUCUUUGCAGUGCAUUCACAGGGACGUGGCCGCUAGGAACGUCCUAUUGACCGAUGGCUGCGUGGCUAAGAUCUGCGACUUUGGGCUCGCUCGAGACAUCGAGAAUGACUCCAACUAUGUGGUGAAAGGAAAUGUGAGUUAAUGCAAUUUGUAUAAAGAAAUCACUUUAGUUUAGGAAGCUCAGAUUCUCCAAUGAUUGUGAACUAUGUUCCUUCCCAGGCCCGUCUGCCAGUGAAGUGGAUGGCCCCUGAGAGCAUAUUUGACUGUGUGUACACGGUGCAGAGUGACAUCUGGUCCUAUGGGAUACUGCUGUGGGAGGUCUUCUCUCUGGGUGGGUCACACUGGCAUGUGAUGACACAAAUUAUGUCUUAUGUUGAAUCAAAGUAUGUGAGAAAUAUAUAUAUUUUUUUUUAAAUACAUGUUUUGUUGUUAUUUCUAGGUAAGAGCCCAUACCCUAAUGUUGUGGUGGACACCCGGUUUUACAAGAUGAUCAAAGAUGGAUGCCACAUGUCACAGCCGGACUUUGCCCCUCCAGAGAUGUGAGUAUUAUACUUCAGGAUGGACAUAUCAGCGAAGAGCGAUGAAGUAACCUGACAACCUGCUGCAGCAUCUGAAACUGAGUGUUCUCCUCAGAUACACCAUCAUGAAGAUGUGCUGGAACAUGGAACCAACAGCGCGUCCAAACUUCAGUACCAUUGGCCAGCUUAUCCAGAGGCUACUGCCUGACCUGCCAGACCAGGUCAGAUGGACUUCAGUAAUCCACUGUAGAGUCUUUUUACAUUUACAGUCUCUCUCUUAGCAUUCCGCUAACUUCUAAUUAUUUCCUAAAGCUAGAUUUUCUGCACUCCUAAAAAAUGUAUUUACAGUAAGAAUAAUAUAAUUUGGUGGGGUAAAAUGGUUUGGGGACAUCAACACUUUUAAUGUGACACUAAGUAUCCUUUCUUCUGCCAGACCUACAUGAAUGUGCAGGAUGAGACGCCACAGCAGGAGGCGGGAGAGCAGUAUGAUCAAGCUAAGAUUAGUGAGGAUUGUGAUCAGACACUGAACCAGGAAGAAGAGGAGCAGCCCCUGGUGAUGAAGAAUAACAACUACCAGUUCUGCUGA